GCCAUAUUGUGUGACACUAUUUUGAUUCGGGUCUGUUGGACGUGAGUAAGGAAGAGGAAAACAAGUGAAAAGGGAGAAGAAGAGCCGUCAGAAAAAUCAGCGAGUGUGUGAAAGAGCGGGGGCGGGUUGAUCUUUCUCCCCGCAGCGCAGUGUUUUUUCACGGGUUUCGGCCUGGCGUGUGUCCGGCGGCAGCGGCGGCGGGGUGAAGGUGGCCCGGGCGGCGGCGGCUGACACGAUGCUGAGAUAGUGUGUGUGUUUGUGUGUAUGUGAGUGUGUGUGUGCGUGCUGCGGUUGAGUCGGGUCUGUUGCGGCAUUAGACGAAUGGCACAGGGAAACCAGCAGUUUGACAACCAGGUUCUGCACCACCUGCGCCAGAAGUUUCCAGAAGUCCCGGAGGAUGUGGUGUCUCAGUGUGUCCUAGAGAACAAAAACAAUUUGGCUGCGUGUUGCGAGUACCUGACCAAGGUUAGUCCUGGCUUCUUGUAUAGCGAAGGCAGCCAGAGUUUGAAGGACCUUUGCAAUCACUUGACCCAGCUCAACCUCGGCGUCUCACAGAAUACCCAUGAUGCUGUGCAGCGAGAUGUAGUAAGGAUGAAUGGCAGCAGAACUCUUGUCCCGAGCGUGAGCGACGGGCCGUCUGAAUUCUACCAGCCUGAAGCUCAGCCUGUGCCUACUCAGACGCCCACGAGCCUCAGCGCCUUCAGUGCCAUGGUGUCUGCUCGUAAACCACAGCCUCCUCAGCAGCUUGGCCUUUACCAGGUGGGGAGCAAAGGUCACGGACCACCCCAGACACCACGCUUCAACCCUAUCACUGUGACGCUUGCUCCAAACACCGGUCGGAAUACACCCACCUCCCUGCACAUUCACGGAGGGCCUCAGUCGGGUCUGAACAGUCCAAACUCCAUCUACAUACGCCCGUACGUGACCCAGCCGGGCACUACGCGACAGGUACAAGGCCGUGCGCAGUACAGUCCCACCUCGCAGCCUACUCAGCAGAUCUAUCAGAUCACUCAUCCUGCGGGUUCCCAGAGUUCCUGGAGCGGGACCCAGCAUCAGACCUCACAUGUGUACAUGCCUAUCAGUUCACCCACCAACACCCAAGCACCCUCCAUACCCUCGGUCGUGGCAUCGCAAGCUUCUUCCUCGUCACCCUCCUCAUCCGCCGCUGGCCAGGUCUCGUCUUCCUUUGGCCAGUACAACAUCCAAAAUAUCUCGACGGGGCCGCGGAAGAACCAGAUCGAGAUCAAGUUGGAGUCUCCACAGAGAGGGGCCGGAGGUUCAGGCACGACCUCGGCUGCUGUCCUGCGCUCUGGCCCGGCCCCGCGGGUAGCAUGUAGCUCUGCGUCUUCGUCCUGUCCUUCUUCAUCUUCGCUGGCUGCCGGCACUGGCCCCUCCACUCCCAUCUCAAUCGGAGGGGCCGGCCUCAGCCGCAGUCAGCCCACCGUGUUUAUCUCCGCGUCCCCGCCUGCUGCUGCCACCGCCCCCUCGGACGAAUGCGCCGUAGUUCCCAGCGCCCCUCGUUCGCAGCCCAAGUUUUACAUUUCUGCCAACUCUUCCUCUGAUGAUGGAGGGGGACGGAACCCGCCCACCGUCUACAUCUCCGCCAAUCCGACACUUCAGGGUUCGUCCAGUUUGCGGGGGUUGGGUAGUCAGGUGAGCAUGGGCCCUGCCUACAUCCACCACCACCCGCCCAAAUCUCGUCCUUCCGUAGGAGCCGGAGGCACAGCCACAUCUCCUCGUGUGGUGGUCACGCAGCCCAACACCAAAUACACCUUUAAAAUCACUGUAUCCCCAAAUAAACCUCCUGCCGUGUCUCCUGGAGUGGUGUCGCCGACUUUUGAGCCCACUAACCUGCUCAGUCUGCCCACCGAUCACCAUUAUGCAGACCCUGACCCCCUGUACCAGUCUGACCCGGUUUCACCUCAGCGGGACAAAAGCACUGAGGCUCGCAGACUCAGCAUGGGUGCUGAUGACGCGGCUUACACCCAAGCUUUGCUAGGUCAUCAGAGGGCACGUAUGGAGCGAUUAUGGCAUGAAUUAGAGCUGAAGAAGAGAAAGCUGGAGAAACUGAAAGAGGAAGUCAAUGAGAUGGAGAACGACCUCACGAGGAGACGAUUGCAGCGCUCCAACUCAGUCUGUCAGAUACCAUCUAUCGAGGAAAUGCAGCAGUUGAGAUGUAAGAACAGAUUACUGCAGAUUGAUAUCGAUUGUUUAACCAAAGAGAUUGAUCUCCUUCAAACACAAGGACCAGAUUUUAAUCCCGUUGCGAUUCACAAUUUUUAUGACAAUCUGGGAUUCUUGGGUCCAGUACCUCCCAAACCUAUCAAAAGUCAAACAAAAUCAGGUGCAGAUCACACCGGCUCUCUAGACAGGAGAGGACGCAAAAUAAAUGUCAGCUCCAAGUUAAAGAGAGACCCCUCUUUACCUCCUGUACCGCCUCCUGUGGCCACACCCAUGGAGAGCAGUAGGAACACGAGGGUGAUGCCGGAGCCUGAGGAUGAUGACGGAGUGCAGUGGAGCUGUACUGCCUGCACCUUCCUCAACCAUCCCGCCCUCAACCGCUGUGAAGAGUGUGAAUUUCCACGCCAUUUCUGAGCCACACACACACAUGCAGUGUACACGUGACGUACAGAGAGAUGCGCUGAUGGCCAUCACUUCCGACGGGUGUUUUCCCCCUCGCGGUGUUGGUGUUUGUCCAUUUGUGUGGUCCACUGAAGACUGGAUGAUGUUUACAGCUCUAUGUGUGUUUCUCACCAGAAAUUUCAGCCUCUUGCUCAGUGAAGAGGUUCAGUACUGCAGUAAUAAUGUUCUUGACAUGUAUGCAUGGAUGCCAGCGUGCCUGAGCGUGCAGCCGCCUGACAGGAGAAAACUCAAGAACUUCCUUAAUGGAUGCUCAUCAUGAGGUGGAAUCUGCUAAACUCAGUUUUUGACUUUUGUUUGGUAAUUGAAACCCAAAAUGAAAAUGGAAAAAAACAUGCAUGCUUUAGAUGUACAGUUUACGGAGAAGAGUCUCUGCCACAGAAUUUACUGUACAUAGUUUUAGAAUUUUGUUUCUCAAAAUUUCACUUGUAAUUCUGUAAGUAUAGCUUCAUAGACUUCAUUUAUUUCUAUGUGUUACUGUGUUUGGUUUCAAACCAUGAGCUUUAAGGUGUUUUGUGAGAACUUUAAAGGGAUGCUCGCAUAUUCAAUGGCAAAAAGACCUGGAUGCUCGUUGUCAAGCGCUCCAUCCAGCGUACGAGCUGCAGAUGCAGCAACAAUAAGGUACCUGACCUCGGAACGGUCCAAGAACUUGACAGCCGUCAGACAAUAAAAUGCUUUCCUAUUUGACAACUGGAAUGUAGGUUUAAUCUGAGAAAUGCCAGAAAAGGAAUGUUUCUUUACCUGAGUAUUUGCAAUACAAUGUGCGUUUUUGCAAGGUUUGUCUUACGGUGACCUCCUGAAAGUAGAUGAGUCUCCCAAGGGCUUUUCAAACAACACACACCGCCGGCCUUUAUACACGAGAUCACCGUGUUUCUGGGUGUAGCUGAAAUUCUUCACGAAGUACCUUCUGUGUUUUUGCGGUUCUCUGUUACAGAUCGCAGUGCACGUCUCAGCUGCAGAUCGUAGAGAAAUUAAACAGGUCCUUAAAAAUAUUUCACAUUAAUCAAACUUAAUCGUUCAUUGAUUUAACCAGAUUUCAGAAAGUCUUUUGUCAUCUACUUUUGAGAGUGAUAAUGCAUGGAUCAUGCAUUAAAAAGUCUGACAAUAAUGUAUAUUUAUAAUACAAAUAAAUAUCAAUUUCCAAUUGCUGGUUUCUGAAAAACCCUAGUCACAGAGAACGGUUACUUUGUGCUCAAGGAUGAUGUUUUAUUAACUUGGGAAAAAACAGCAAAGGAACAAUCAAAUCGGCCUGUCGUGUUUUAGAUUAUAAAAGCAAAUAAUGAGAAAAAUCUUUGAUAUCCAAUGAUGUUUGUGAUUUUACCUGCCAAACUGUCUUUGUAAUAGAUAAGUUAUUUGUAAAAAUAAAAAAAACGAUCUCCUUUG